UGGGUCGGCAUAUAAAGAGGUCGGAAGGGCCCAUCUGUACCUUGAGAAUCUUUUCAAAUAAGCGCUUAUCAUGUCUGGAAGAGGAAAGACCGGAGGUAAAGCAAGGGCGAAGGCCAAGACCAGGUCAUCCCGUGCCGGGCUCCAGUUCCCCGUUGGCCGUGUGCACAGACUUCUUCGCAAGGGCAACUAUGCUCAUCGCGUCGGAGCCGGGGCUCCGGUCUACCUGGCGGCCGUGCUUGAGUAUCUGACCGCUGAGAUCCUCGAGUUGGCCGGCAAUGCUGCCCGCGACAACAAGAAGACCCGCAUCAUCCCCCGCCAUCUGCAGCUGGCUGUCCGCAAUGACGAGGAGCUCAACAAACUCCUCGGUGGAGUAACCAUCGCUCAGGGCGGUGUGCUGCCUAACAUCCAGGCCGUCCUUCUGCCCAAGAAGACCGAGAAGCCCGCGAAGAAGUAAAUCAGAAACCCCACAAACAAAGGCUCUUUUAAGAGCCAACGUAAAAAUUCUCUUAAGAGCUACUUUGAGUUUUAUGCAGUUGCAUACAUUCCCUCCACUACGUGUUUCAGGAAUGUUCUUGCAUUAUAGCCUACCGUAAAGACCCGAUAACCACCUUCCACGCCAUAUUUUACUUAUACGCAUUGUAGAAUUGUUAAGCAGUCACAUGAGAACAUCCAGUACGAUCCACCUUCCGUACAUUCCAAUGAGAAGAAAGAUGUGGAACCAUAUAAAGGAACGGCUAAUGGCUCCCUUCCAAAGUGGAGUUGUGCGAGGAAAACCUCGGGAGAACACAACUUGUGGCCCUCCCUAAACCUUCUUUUCCCAUCGGCAACAGCAAAUAUAUACAACAGCAAACUAAGCCAUAAGUUGUUUGUGAAAUUAAAUUAAUUAUUUAAUCGCCAGGAAGUUGGGAAUUCAUCAA